GGAAAUGGCCCAAAGUUUGAAUCCUAUAGUGGUUACAGAUUGUAAAAAUCAUUCAGCCACUUCCAAUGUAAAAUGUCAGCCGGGGAUGAGCUCUCCCUUUCCCAGCGGAUACUUCUACAAUUACACCUGGCGCCCCGUUUACUGUGACAUGACCGUCUAUAAGUCGGGGGACGACUUCAUUAAAUGUCUGCAGGGGAAGAACCUCUUCCUCAUCGGAGAUUCCACGUUACGUCAGUACAUAGUGCACUUCACCGAGGAGAUCAAGAUAGUAAAAUAUUUCCGUUAUCAUGAGAGUGGAUGGAGUUCAUGGGAGAAGACACUUGAAGCUUUCAACAUGGAUAAGGACAUUUAUGUUUCCUUCAAAAGGCACGGCUUCCCCCUGGAGAGCUUCUCAUUCUUCUACUCCAAGGAGGACAUGUACACGAGUCGUCAGAUUGACCAACGUGGUGGGGGGAAGGACACCAUCAUUGUAAUUACCAUGGGACAACACUUCAGACAGUUUCCACUAAAACUCUACAUUAAACGAGCGAUCAACAUCCGUAGAGCCGUGGAGCGAUUGUUUCUAAGGAGUCCAGAUACCAAGGUCAUCAUCAAGACGGAAAACACCAGAGAAUCAACUGCUCCUCAAGAGAGAAUUGGUGACUUCAAUGGUUAUUGCCAGUAUCUGGUGCUUAGGGAGGUCUUCCAAGGGAUCAACGUGGGCUUCGUGGAUGCUUGGGACAUGACGGUAGCCUCCUCCACGGAGUCUGUUCACCCUCCGGGAUACAUAUUUGACAGUAUAAUGAGCAUGACGUUCGCCUUUGCUUGUUAAUAAUCUGAUAUGAGGGGAAAUGUGUGGCCGAUCUUUGAUACAGUUUUAUGAAAGAUGGAGCACUGGGUAACAAGCAAAGCCACCAGUCUAAUAUGGGUUUUACCUUAAUUUCUGUCCACAUAAUACUGUGACACUGCCAUAUAAUGUACUGUAGAUACUGUAACACCGCCAUAUACAGCCUUCAUAAUAAAAUCUCCAUAUAGU